ACUUCUGAAAAACUACAAGCACUUUGGGGUGGAUACUUGAGAGCAGGCAACAGAAGGAAUCCAGAUAGCUGAUGCAUGUGUAUAGUCUCUACUUCAGGGCCCCACUGACCCACAGGCAUGGAGGUGAACAGCACGACCAACAUUUUGUCCUCGGCGUACCUGGCCGUGGAGUACGUGGACUCGUUGCUACCAGAGAACCCUCUGCAGGCGCCAGUGAAAGCAGCAUGGAACCACAUGCUUCAGAACUACAGCAAGUUUCAGAUCGCAACGUGGGGCUCCCUCAUCGUCCACGAGCUCAUCUACUUCAUUUUCUGCCUGCCGGGCUUCAUCUUCCAGUUCCUGCCGUUCAUGCAGAAGUACAAGAUCCAGCAGGAUAAACCAGAGACGUGGGAGUUGCAGUGGAAGUGCUUUAAGAUGCUCCUCUUCAAUCACUUCUUCAUCCAGCUGCCUCUCAUCUGUGGCACAUACUACUUCACUGAAUUCUUCAGCAUCCCUUAUGACUGGGAGUCCAUGCCCCGCUGGACGUAUCUGUUGGCUCAGUGUUUUGGCUGUUCAGUGAUUGAGGAUACGUGGCACUACUUCCUUCACAGAGCUCUGCACCACCGCAGAAUCUACAAAUACAUCCACAAAGUCCACCACGAGUUCUCGUCUCCGUUUGGGAUGCAGGCUGAAUACGCUCACCCUCUCGAGACACUAAUCCUGGGGGCAGGGUUCUUCAUCGGCAUCAUGGUGUUCUGUAAUCAUGUGGCUCUCCUUUGGGCGUGGGUCACUGUCCGCCUGCUGGAGACCAUCGACGUGCACAGUGGAUAUGAUAUCCCUCUGAACCCGCUGCACCUGAUCCCGUUCUACGCCGGCGCACGCUUCCACGACUUCCACCAUAUGAACUUUGUGGGCAACUACGGCUCGACGUUCACCUGGUGGGACAGACUCUUUAACACCGACUCCCAGUACAACAAAUACACAGAGAAACAGGCUGUGAAGAAAGACGAGUAACACAUUCACGAAUGUGUUACAGAGCGGACUGAACAGAUGUCGGUGAAUCAAUACCGGCAUCCUAGAUUUCACCCAUUGUGCCUUUAAAAGGGAAGACACACUCACAUACCUAGUAGGGUGACUGCUUUGCUGUGUCUAUACCUCACUCACACAAUAUAAGAUAGGCUGUUGUGAUCUGAAGGGACCGUCGGGAUUGGUGUCCUUCAGUGUCAUUAUUGAGUAAUGCAGAAAUCACUGUUAAAUAAUGACAUCAUUCCUCAAAGCACUUUACAUUUCCUUCGUAUGAAAGGCUUUGUCUUUUUAAUGUUGUUUUUGUUAAAGGUUUUUCUCUUAACUGAGUCUCUGCUGGAAAUCUAACAGAGGAUACGAUGCUUUCGGGUAGAAUGCUGCAUACACUAAAACCUUUUGUGGAAAUUCAUAGAUAAAGUUAUUAUAAUUUUUUAAGAAAAGAAAAAUGUUUACUCUUUCUGAAGUGAGACAGGAUAUGCGGUGUGUUAUCCUAUAGGCUGUAUGACAUUACAUUUGAUAAGGCAGACUGAAUAAACUGGUGAGAAAUAUUCAA